AUGAUUUCUUUCGUCAGGCGCUUCUUCUUGGCUCCUCUUCAGGCGCUCGGAACCCCCUUUGGCUGCCUCCUCUCUUCCGCCCAGAACAUGCUUUUCUCCCGGUCAUGCUCACUUGCCCAUAGUUGCACCGGUAGAGGGCUCCUCUUGCUGCGAGUGCUCUCUCUCCCUCUCGCCGUUUUUCCCACCCUCUGCCCUCCUCAACCGAGGCAAGUUGAAAUGGCUUGUCCACAAACAUCAAUUGUCAUAGCAACGCGACUAAUUGCGACUGGAAUUGAUCAUUGUCGCCCUCUACUUCUCUGUAAGCGAAUAAUUUGCCCAAUGUACCCUCCAUUCUGGCCUUCGUGCAGAAGCCAGGUAACCUCCCAGAGGCAAUCGCGCAAGGAGAGUGGGUGUACCGUUUUCCCACCGCUCUUGCGCCCCUCUCGGCAGAAGGCCUUGCGUCUUGCCGAACUCGUGCUUCGUGUGGACGCCUGUAUCUGCUGA